UCGCCGGCUUCAUCGUUGUCUGUCUGUGUUUGAACGUAUGUCUUCACACUCUAGAAUGGCGGCCGCAGCUUGCGGUCCACACUGUGGCACAGGCACAAAUGCUACUAAAUCGCACAAAGUACAUCUGCGGAAAAGUAAAGAUUCGCGUCGGAGGCAGGCAGCACUUUUGUUCCUAACCAACAUAUCUUUAGAUGGGAAACCAGUGUACCCUUUAAACAACGGUAACCCAUGUCCUAAAGCCGCCGAGCACCGAAGUCUGGACGCCGGAGCUUCAGUGGUUGGACCGAUGUCGACAACAAGCAGCUACGGAACCUUCACCCAGCUGUCAACCUCAGUUAGCGGGGGCGUUACUACUCCUUUACCGAGGACUAACACCUUUCCACCUUUGUUUUUGGCAUCUCCCGGGGUUGGUGGUAACGUCAGUGAGAGCUUGUUUGAAAGUGGAAAGACAGACCCUUUGUCGUCUCAGGUAUCCCCUCUCUCACCGACCUCUGGACCCCAGAAUCCCCUCCUGGCAGCUAGCAAAUCGCCUACUCUGACCUCCGUUCAGAGUUGUAACUCCAUGCCUCCAGAUCCCCGUCAAAGUACACGGACCCAGUCAGGCUCUCCUGGGCCCAGGGCGGCCAAGAAGGUCCAUUUCAUCAAGAAUAUGAGGCAGUAUGACACUCGAGGCAGCAGGAUUGUGCUGAUAUGUGCCAAGCGGUCUUUGUGUGCCGCUUUCUCUAUUCUGCCAUAUGGGGAGAGCUUUCACUUCAGUGACCCCAAACUGGAGCCCCAGAGGCCGAGGAAACUGUCAGCAGGCGCCCCAGACAUGGUGCCUGGGCUGGAGGGUGUGGAGCUGGGGGCGUUUGGGAAGACUGUAUCAUAUGCCCGUUUCCUGCUGCCCACGAAUGCCCUUGUGAGACAGAAGAGCACCGGCCCUCCUGACGCCAGCACAGGCCAGGCGCCCAAGUCCUGUAACCGCAGCAACGGCCAGAAAGGCUUCACUCCUGCGCGCCUCAACAGCACAGUGGGACAGGAUACAGGUGUGGAUGAGCUGGGCGACUACGACCCCAAUCUCCUGAGUGACCCGCAGUGGCCCUGUGGCAAACAUAAGAGGGUGCUGAUCUUCGCCUCCUACGUGACGACCGUGAUUGAGUAUGUGAAGCCGUCUGACUUGAAGAAGGACAUGAACGAGACGUUCAAGGAGAAAUAUCCCCACAUCAGACUGACCCUGAGCAAAAUCAGAAGCCUGAAGAGGGAGAUGCGUGCGGUGAGUGACGAGUGUGGCCUGCAGCCAGUGACGACGGCGAUGGCCUAUGUGUACUUUGAGAAGCUGGUGCUGCAGGGCCGGCUGAACAAAAACAAUCGCAAGCUGGUGUCGGCCGCCUGCGUCCUGCUGGCCGCCAAGAUCAGCAGUGACCUCAAGAAGCACGAGGUCAAGCAGCUCAUUGAUAAACUUGAGGAACGUUUCCGUAUCAAUCGGCGGGAGCUGAUUCCUCUGGAGUUUACGGUUUUGGUUGCCCUGGAGAUGGCCCUGUAUCUACCCGACAGUAAAGUCAUGCCACACUACCGUCGCCUGGCGCUGAAGGUCUAGCCACGUCCCCCAGAAGACCUGACCAUGAUUGUUUCCUCUGAGAUCAGAACAGUGAAAGAUCGUCUCAAUUUGAUGUUACGCUCUUCCGCAUCCACUGUAGUGCUUUUGAAGUCCUAAUCAAAUGAACCGUCUUUACACAUCAUCUUCAAGAGACACUGUGCCGGUGGCCACCAUGGCCUUUUUGGCAUCAGCAUAUCAAUUUCAGAUGAGAUGUUUUUAUUUCUUCUAAGGUCUCUCUUAGAUGAUUAAUGAAUUGCAUAUGAAAUGCUCUCAGCCAGGUUUAUUGAUGAGCGGCUGUCCUUGUUUGACUGAUCAGCAGUGUGUUUAAUGGAUCAGGGGAGAGAGACCCCUGGCUUUAACUUCUAAAGGUUCAUUGUCUGAUCUGCAAUGGCCAGCGGUAAUGUAGGGGUCUGGUGGUUUAAUGUUGGUACAGCUGUGUGUGUGUGUGUGCGUGUGCGACUAUAUGUGUUUGUGAGGAAGUGUGUGUGUGUGUGUGUGUGUGCGUGUGUGUACGCACGCAUGUGUGAAAGAGGAUAUGUGUGUGUGUGUGUGUGUGUGUGUGUGUGUUAAUGUUUCUGCUCUUUGUUCUGGGCCUCUCCUGGGGGCGUGUGUGGCAUUCCGAUGCGUAUGCAGCCAAGCGCUCUAUGUUAGAGAUGCCAUUUAAUGAGCACAUUCAUCGUGCCGCCUGUUCUACUUAUUCUCUAUUAUCUUGUCAUCCUCGCGUCUUUUGCCCAGAGUCAUCUGCAGACUGUCUGAGCACAGCAAAGUUGAGGACUUAAAAAAAAAAAAAAAAAAAGCAAAUAGAACUAUUUUUCUUUACAAUGCUUUAAGAGUCAUCAGUACGUUUUUUUUUUUUAAUACCGAUCAUGAACAUUGUAUUUUUUUCCCUCUGUGACUGUCGAUAUAUCUUUUCAUUGAUAUAAGACAAGUAGCUUUACAUUUGUGGGUCAUUUCUAUAUAUUACUAUUUACAUUUAUGAAAAAACAAUGAACGUCUUACAUUUUGCACAAGGAUAACUUAUAAGGGUCUUACAUUUAAGAGGAAAAAAAAACAAUCAGAAUGUUGGAAUUCAUGAACUUUUUCACUGACACAGCUAGUCUUCUAUGUGCCAGAAGGUUACAGCAAUGUAUGUACAUCAGUAGCUUCUAAUGUGUUCUGAAUGUGAAACCUUUCCUGUUCUUGGUGACUGUAGGCAGUGACUUUAAACCCGUGUGUGUGUGUGUGUCUUGUGUUACAGCGUGGAUUGUACACAGCACAAUAUUACUCAGAAAACCCGACAUCAGCAAAUCUUAGCACAUCCUGCUAAAGCAGCAUCUUUCGUAUUGGUGAUUUGGUGUAGUUGAAUUUACAAUAGAAUUUAUGGUUCCCUUUCUUUAGUUAAAGGUACACCGUGUGUGGGAGGGUUUUUGUUAUUCUGCACUUUUGAACAUUUUAGGGGGGUAGUAUUGUGCCAAGAUGUCAGAGUAAAGACGACUGUGUCCCUCUUCCUCUCCAGAGAUUUUGCACACAGCAAGAAACUUAGCAGAGAUCCGUCCAGGUUUUUUUCUUUCUAUUUACCAGGUCAUUGUUUUCUUUGUCUGUUUCCAUGGUACUCACUCAUACAUAUAGAAACCACUUGAUCGCCAUCUAGUGGUGAUGGCAAUAGGUUUUGCCUGAUUGUCAAAUCACUUGUUCUGAUGUCACAACUAUCUUAUUGCUUUCUCAGGUACUUUCAUAUGGUUGUAUUUAACAGUAAUUUAUUGAAAUAUUAUUUUUAAAGUUUGGUUGAGCCCAUCACUGACUGACUCUGGUACUAAAGAAGGCUGUUGGUGUGCUUUAUGGGAUGUGAGGGUGGGAUCUUGUGAAAAUAUCUAGUGCCAUGUGUUUGACUAGUUGUGUAUUUCCAUGUGUAUUUAUUGCCAAUCCAUUGUUUCCCAAUUGAAGUAACUGCCUGUCCUGAAGCAUACACUGUGAGCAUUUUUCUGUUGUGGGAAGUGCCUAAGAUUCCAAUAUUUUCAAGGACGUCAAAAAGCGUUUGCCGUUGUAAUGUUCUCUGUGUACUUUGACUGACUUGCCUUUGGUUGCAUCUAGUUCUGAGAGCAUUGUGUUAUACCGUCUUGUUGAUAAAAAAAAAAAAAAAAUCUCACCAUCUCCUCCUCUCUUGACCUGUCACGGGCUGGCAUUUUAGCUUCUGAGAUUGUUGUGAGGUAGGGUGGCAAAGAGGUCAUAGACUGACGGCCUCGACUACACAUCAAAUCUUUGACGUAGAACAUGAUGCUGGAACUCUGUGUAAUAGAACUCUGUAUUCUAUUCUGUUUGUAUACCACAGUUUGCACCCAAGCUUUCUACGAAGGUCACUGCACUGUGAGGAUCACUGUGAAUACGUACCGAGUCUGUCUACUUUGUACUGCUGUAAAGCAUGGUGUGUGGGUGUUUGUGUGUAUGUAUGUGUGUUUUUCUUCCCUAAAUGUAUUUUUGAAAAGAAAACAAACCCAACAUUUGUCUUUUUGGGCCGCCAUGAGUGAUGCCUUUUUGUAAUUCACUCCAUUAUUUCCAAAAUGAUGAAUUAUAUUUUCUGACUGUU